GGAGAAGGGGCCAAAACCGGCGACCCUUCUCGCCCAAACGGUGGCGGUGGCCACCGAAAUCUUUUGGACAACAGCCAGCCUCCUUGUCCCCUCCCUGCCGACCACCGCUUUUCCGGCGAUCAAGGGGAGAACCGCCGAUAAACGAUGGUCCUUUUUCAUGGCCGUCAGGAAGAAGCCCUCUCCCUUUUUUUCGGCAUGGUGGUGCGGCCAGUUGGAGACUCACGGCCGCGCUUGGCCAGUGGCCACAUUUCGGCCACCAGGAGAAGAGGCCACGGUGCCUCACCGCUGCAAGCUGGCGGCGGCCGUUGCCCUCUCUCCCCUUUUCCCCUCCGCCCGCGUCGGCCAUGGCAGCCAUGGUGGGUCGCAACGGCAAGCCGGACGUCAGUGCCAGCUCGCCAGGGCGACAGGCCGCAGCAGCGGCCAUGGCUGCCUCCUCUGUUUUUCAAACAUGAGCAACAGGGUUCCGAAAGAAGCAUAGUCCCCCUAGACUUGCUCUGAUUAUGGUAGGCCAGGAAUCCCAGCUCUGAUAAGUAAGUCCUGCAACCCCUAAAUCAAAACCCAGGAAUCCCAACUGUAAACGAUGAGAGACCUCGUAACUAGGCCACCUGUCCAACUGGUCGCAUGGAAGUCGGCGGAUGUCGUCCUUCCUUUCCAACUGGUUGCAUGGAAGUCGGAGGAUGUCGCCGCUUUUGCACUGCUUCAAUGUAAUCCGUCUGCCUCGUCAGCGGAUCCGCACGGCGCCGCCGCUCUCCACGUGGCACCGUCCAAUGGGAAUCAACUAGGAGCUUCGACGAGCCUAACUAACUACCCCCCUUCCCGCUUCCUUCGUUUCGUUCCCUUGAAAGGACUCUGUUUCCAUAAAACGGCCUCCCCAGAUUUUUUGAAACAGAGCUCCUUUUCCUCCCCUUCGGCUCUUCUCUCCUUCCUUUGUUUCCUUUUCGUUUACAAUCCUUUGGAGAGCGAGUUGAUUAACCUAAAGAAGGAGAUGAUGGAUGAAGCUGUUGGGUUAGAAGGAAGUGUUGAAUGGGCUGAGCAAGAGGGGAGCUUUAAUAGUUGGCUCGAUAAGGUGCUUGCUUCUGAUGGGAUUGAGAGUCCUCGCAUGGUUGAGGAAGAGAAUAGACCUCGAGAUAGGCCCAAAGAGCCAGACUCAAAUUCCAAGAGGCAGAAGAUAGGUCCAUGCACUGACAAGACAGAGGAACCCGGUCCUCUGGGUUUGAUUUUACGCAUAACUCCAUCUUUCUUGGAUCUCAUUGAUAGGAAGCUAUCUCAAAAGAAGACCACUCCUCUUAAUGGACCAACUUCGGGUACUAAUAUAGAAAAACAACAGACCAGAAAUGAUGAAUUUAACAUCCAACCCACAUUAAUGAAAUGGAAGGCUUCAAAUUUUCCUGCAACAAAACUCAAGAUCGGCUGUUGGGAGAGGAAGUCAAGAAAUGAAGGUGAUAUUGUAGCUAAGUUUUACUAUGCUAGGCGAAAACUUGUUUGGGAGAUACAAGAAGAAAGAUUGAAAAAAAAGAUUGAGAUCCAAUGGACCGAUAUCUCAGCAACCAGAGCACGAUUCAUACAGGAUCAACCAGACAUUCUGGAAGUUGAGUUAAGGCAGCAGCCCAUGUUCUUUAAAGAGGUAAAUCCACAGCCAAGAAAGCAUACUAAUUGGGAAGCUUGUUCUGAUUUUACCAGUGGGAAUGCAACCACAUGCAGGAGGCACUAUCUUGAGUUUGCAGAAGGAACUUUGGAGAAACAUUAUGAAAGGCUUUUACAUUCUGAUCAUCGGCUACUUACGUUGAGUCAGAAAGUUUUUGCAAGCCAUGAUUCUCAGUUUUUUGAAACCGUUAAUAGCGACAUGCAAGAUAUGUGCAUGCUCCAACCAAAAUUUCCACCUAUUUCAAAUCAACCAUCCAGCAACUGGUGUCCACCUCAUCUGAAUCAUAUUGACAAUCAAGGGAGUGCUCCUACUCACAUGUGGACCUUUGAAUCUCAUGAUCCAGCAGUUGGUGCCAACCAUCCACUUUCACUGCUGACACCAACACCCAGAGUUAUACAAAUGAAUUCGCCAAGUUCAGUCAUGGAGUGCCUACCAACUAUGAAUCAAGGUGCAAGUUCUUUGAAUCCAAUGACAUCCUACUUGGCAGACAACUUUGCACUUAACAAUGGCAACUCUGCAACAGAUUCUACCCUGAACAGAAUGACUCAGCUUUGCAAUCAAGACAUUCAAAGUUUGAGAAGGGUCGAUGACAUAAGCGAGCGACAAAUCCAACAACUACCCUGGGACACCUGCGCGACUCCAGCUCCUAAUUUUCUUCCUCGGCGAGUCCCUGCUAAUACCUUAUUAACUCAUACAGCUGAAACAGAAAAUUUCCAUGUCCCGAGACAAGGUCAAUCACUCGAGGAGCAUUUAAUGAGCGAGUCAGAUGAUCUGGAUGCAUUUGCUGCUGAUGACUCUAGGCUUCUUUCUUCAGUAAAAUCUAUUGGGUCAGUCAUUUACUAAGAAGCACCACCAGAUUCACAACCGCAAUCCUCAAAUGAACUGGAUGAUGGUAACCAAAACACCGAUGGCACAAAGUCUCCAUUGGAAUCAAGGGACUCCAAGCAGUUAAUCCAUUCUAUGACUAAUUCCCAUGGCACCUACAAUUAAUCAUCAAACCUUCAUUAGGCUUGGCCAAGAAAAGAGUUCUCAUGGCAGAAUCCAGUAGUCUUCAUCAUCAACUUGCUGAACUGUUUCCUGGUUUGUUUCAAUUUCUUCUGCGUUUGUUUUUGUCGCAACAGAACAUUCAGACUGCCGUUAGUACUGUGCCAGUAGAAGCACCAAACAGGUUAUUCUACUGAUGCGUUUCUA